ACUUAAUGACUUCCACUUUACUGACUUCACGAAUUACACUUCUUGCCUAAUAGUCUUUUCCUUCGGAUGAGAACCUCCCGGUCAUCGCGCUUUAGGCUGUAUCUCUCUUGAAAUGUUAUAUCAAUAACAGGAGCCCCGUCAUCGUUUCCGGAGUCUUUACCAUUCUUUCCCGAAAAAAAUCCUCUGCAGCAGAAUCGGGCAAAGGGUUGAAUCCGCGACAACUAUUACAAAAGGCAUCUCAGCAAAAUUAGCAACUUUUUUUCGCUAGAAUGCACGGUGACCGGGGACACUGAGGCGAUAGAUAAGGAUGACAGCCAACAAGAACGCCAGCACCAAUCAUGCAGCUGGAGCAUCUAAAGCAGUUUGUGACACAAGCACCAGGCGUCAUUCACUCUCUCCAACUACUCUUUUAUUGCCGGUAAAAAGUCCAUCGUACCCUUUAAGUGAUGGUGAAGACUCCUGCAGAUAUAUUAGAUAUGCUCAUGUCUCAACUCCUAGACAGAGUCUAAGGGAUUGUGGUUCAGGAGGAGCAACACCGAGAAGCAGUUUUCUACAUUCAUGUAGCAUUGAUUCACAAAGUCCUUUGCUGAAAGCUGUGAGCAUUGCAUGCUUGGACCAAAACCCGCCGGGCAGCGCAAUUGAGGGAGUCAGAAACCAGAAGUUAUCACACACAGGAUGCCAUGAGGAGCCAGAUGAUGGGAUAGGCACCUCCCAACUUAACCGGAGCACGCUGUCUUUGGGAACGGCAGCUACUCUCCGGAGCCUUUCCUUCAGCAGAACCAGCACACGCUCGCAGACUGUUGACAUUCGGCAGAAGAUUUCAGAAUGGGAAUGCAGAAAGGAAAUAUCUCACAGGAGGAAUCUGAUGCUGGAGAAGAGAAAAGGUGGAGAUAGGGCUUGCAGUGAAGGAUGCCCCAGCCUGCUGCCUUCACCCUGCAGUGAAAAGACCUUUGAUCUGAUAGGAUUUAAAAGAAUGAGUAGGUCAUUUUCAGAGUGCUCAUACCCUGAGACUGAAGAUGAAGCAUCCGAUAAAGAGUUGUUUGCCAGACAUGAAAGAUUGUUUGGAAAGAACCAGUCUUCCAAUGCUUGCAGCAAAGGGCACGUGAGGAGACAGGCCUCUGCAGUACUCAGCAGGAUUCAGAAGAUUGAGCAGGUUCUCAAGGAGAGCCCCAAUACCAACCUUCCUCAGUUGCCCAGCAGCUGCUAUGGGAGGGAGAGACUGCGGAAAAAAUCUUUCACCCCGAGUGUGUCGGAGGACAUCAAGGAGGCUGGGAGAAUAAUGAAGAGGGGGAGUUUUAGCUCUGUGGUAACAGAACCAGAACCUGAUCCUGCAACUGAGAAAGCUACACUACAGCAGGAAAUCAGUCAACAUUCUGACAGCUUCUCAUACAAGACCGAAGUACUGCCCGAAAGUCCACCGACCAUUGUGGUGAAUCCUGUGCCGAAACCAAAACGCACUUUUGAGUAUGAAGCUGAUAAAACCCAUAGUACUCCUAGCAACAGUCUACCUCUGUCCUCUUCUCCCAUUUCGCCACCCCCUCUUCCAUCAACUCCUGCACCCCCUGUUACACGGAGGCAGAAAAAAGAUUCAAACCUCCAUAGAAAGAUCCACAACAGGAAAUCCUUUGAAUUUGAAGAUGCUGUCAGUCUUCAUUCAUCGCAUUCUCCUUCUCCUACUGAAAAUGGUACAUCCACCUUGCCUCUGGAAGUACACAGCAGAUUUAGUUCAAAAAGCACUUUAGCAGAAGAGAAUGCUUAUGAAGACAUCAUAGAUACCCCUAAAGAAAAUCCUUAUGAAGAUGUGGAUCUGAAAGGUCGAUACCCUGGCAGAAAGUUACGGCUGUCAUCUGAGAAUUCCCUAGACUCUUUGCACAGGAUGUGGUCCCCUCAGGAAAGGAAGUACACUACACCUCCCCAGCUGCCUCCGAAACCCAGCAGUCUGACACUGCGUCUGAGUAGUACCAUAGACAGGAGGACCCUUAGACUACCACGACUGUCCAAAAGACACAGCCAUGAUGAUGUGUUGCUUCUGUCCCACCUUAGUGUGCCCUCUUCCCCCACCAGCCUCAACGACGACAGCAUGAGCACCACCAGUGAGCUGCUGUCUACACGACGAUCCAGGAGGAUUCCUAAACUUGUCCAGAAAAUUAACGGCAUCUAUAGUGCAAAGAGAGGGAAGAAAAGGCUGAAGAAAUUGUCUCUGUCAAACUUUGAGAAUGCAUCUCUGAGAGAUGAGAACAGUGAGAGUGAGAGUGACUCAGAUGACAGGUUUAAAGCACACACUCAACGCUUGGUCCACAUUCAGUCGGUGCUGAAGAAAGCUCCCAGUUACCGCACAUUAGAACGAGAACUCAUCGAAUGGCAAGAGCGGGAACUCUUUGAAUAUUUUGUGGUCAUUUCAUUAAAGAAAAAGCCUUCAAAGAAUACAUAUAUUCCUGAAGUAUCUUAUCAGUUUCCAAAGCUAGAGAGGCCAACAAAACAGGUACGUGAGGCAGAGGAACGACUGAAAGCAAUCCCACAGUUCUGCUUUCCAGAUGCCAAAGACUGGAGUCCAGUGUCAGAUUUUACCAGCGAAACGUUCUCAUUCAUGCUCACUGGGGAAGAUGGCAGUCGACGAUUUGGUUAUUGCAGACGGUUAUUGCCAAGUGGAAAAGUUCCUCGCUUGCCAGAAGUUUAUUGUGUCAUCAGUCGCUUGGGCUGUUUCACACUCUUUUCAAAGAUUCUGGAUGAAGUGGAGAGGAGGCGUGGAAUUUCUGCUGCUCUGGUCUAUCCAUUCAUGAGGAGUUUGAUGGAGUCACCUUUUCCUGCUCCUGGAAGGACCAUAAAAGUCAAGACAUUUCUACCAGGAGCUGGAAACGAGGUGAUUGAGCUUCGACGCCCCAUGGACUCCCGGUUGGAACACGUGGAUUUUGACUGUCUUUUCCGUUGCCUCAGCAUACGUCAAGUUAUCAGGGUGUUUGCUUCUCUGCUGCUUGAACGGCGAGUUAUAUUCAUCGCAGAUAAACUGAGUACUUUGUCCAACUGUGCCCAUGCAGUGGUGGCAUUGUUGUACCCAUUCUCCUGGCAACAUACCUUCAUACCAGUGCUUCCAUCCUCCAUGAUCGACAUAGUCUGCUGUCCAACACCCUUCCUGGUGGGCCUGCUCUCCAGUUCUCUCCCCAAACUAAAGGAACUUCCAGUGGAAGAGGCACUGAUGGUGGAUUUAGGAGCCGAUCGCUUCCUUCGACAGAUGGAUGAUGAAGACUCACUCCUACCACGGAAACUUCAGGCUGCUCUGGAGCAGGCUCUGGAGCAAAAGAAUGAACUAGUCAAUCAAGAUUCAGACAGUGAAUCAGAUGAUGAGUGCAACUCAUUGAACAGUCUGGUGUCGGAAGCAUUCAUUCGGUACUUUGUGGAAACUAUAGGCCAUUAUUCAUUGUUUUUGACCCAAAAUGAGAGGAAUGAACGGAUAUUCCAGAGAGAAGCUUUCCGCAAGUCAGUGGCUUCCAAGAGCAUCCGCCGUUUUCUUGAGGUCUUCAUGGAGUCACAAAUGUUUGCUGGAUUCAUACAAGACCGAGAACUGCGAAAGUGCAGAGCUAAAGGUCUAUUUGAGCAGAGAGUUGAGCAAUAUUUGGAGGAGCUGCCUGACACAGAACAGAGUGGAGUGAACAAAUUUCUGAAAGGCCUUGGAAAUAAAAUGAAAUUCCUUCACAAGAAGAGUUAGUUGCAUUUGUACUGCGUUCAUGUUACAAGGACCACUGACCAUUGCACAACAGACUCAUUCGCCGACUCGUUUAUGUUUUUGGGAAAAAUCAAUUCUGUCUUUACCAUCUUCGCGAAAUUUCAAAGACUGAAUGAACUAUGACAAGAUCAGAGGAUGAUCCGAAGUGGAACAAGUACAUUUAGCCAUGCUCAUCUUUCAUAGGGAUUUGAUUAUAUAUUGUAAAUAUAUUUACUGUAUUUUUAUUGGUAUUUUAUUGUCUGGGUUCAGCAGUCAUUAUACUGAAUAUCUGUAACUAGUUGACUGCGACAGAUUGUUGUGAUGCCAGAGUGACUUAUGACUUGAAGGAUGAAUGGUCUAACUGAGCAUGUGCAAAAGAUGCAGCGCAUGCUGGGGAUGGGGUGGGAAACAUUCUUCAUAUGAUUUACAAUUUGAUUAUUUUUCUGGUGUGAUUAUGGAGAGAAUGUACGAUUCUAUCAACUUGGAAAUAUUUUGUCGCUGAACGCCAUGAAAAACAAUGAACUAUCGUCUUUUCCCUUGCUGUAGUUGUGGAGUUGAGAUUGUAUCCAUUUUGGCUCUUUUCUGCAUUUUGGAAACAAAAUGUGAUAAAGUUACACUGAAAAUA